UUUCUAUAUAGUUAUAUACUAGGAAUGUGUAGAGAAUUAAUGAACCAUCGUUAGAACAGCCAGUUGACCACUAAUAAAUCAAAUUAUGUAAAAAAUACAAUAGUAAAAUUGAAUAAGAAUGAAAGAAUAUUGUGUUAGAGGAUCAAUGUGUAUUCUAUGUUUAACUGCCCAACAAGGCUUUCGGGUGAUGUGCCAUAAAGUAUAAACCGUGAUGUUUUAGUUAUUUAUUUGUAUAUUAUCGUAAAUUAAUAAAUGCCCCCGAAUUUUAUAAAUUUAUAAUUUCCACUAAACAGCUGUUAGAAAUCAAUUUUUUACCUAAACACAUUUUCUCUAUUUAACAUUUCUAUAUUACACAAGAUGGCAGUUGAGUGUGAUCCUCAUUCUAUAUUUUUCGGAAUGAUGGGCGUUGUAUGCGCCAUGGUUUUUUCAAAUUUGGGAGCUGCUUAUGGUACUGCUAGGAGUGGCGUUGGUAUAAGUAGCAUGGGUGUGAUGCGCCCUGAUCUCGUCAUGAAGUCUAUCAUUCCCGUUAUUAUGGCUGGUGUUCUCGGUAUCUAUGGCCUCAUCAUUUCAAUCGUUAUUACCGGAAACUAUGGUGAACCGGGCGAGUAUUCACACUUCUUGGGAUAUUCACAUUUAGCUGCUGGACUUGUUGUUGGUCUUUGUAGUCUUGCUGCGGGGUUGGCUAUUGGUAUAGUUGGAGACGCAGGAGUUCGUGCUCAUGCACAGCAGACCAGGUUAUUUGUCGGUAUGGUUUUGACUCUUGUAUUUGCUGAGACACUCGCACUCUACGGUCUAAUUAUUGGACUUGUUGUCGCUAUGAAGGCCCCCAAAGGACUCUGUACUUCAUUCCUCAAAUAAUUUUAUCAAUCUCCCAUA